AUGCUGAUCCACCUCUACUCUGCCUUCUUGGAUCUGACGAAAGCCUUUGAUACGGCGAAUCGCGAAGGACUGCUGAAAAUCCUACAGAUAUUCAGCUGUCCCGUGCGAUUCACUCAGAUGGUGCGUCAAUUCCACGAUGGCAUGUCGGUGAGCGUCACGGACAAUGGAGUUGUGUCAGAGGCAUUCGCAGAGACCAACGAAGCGAAGCGGGGCUUAGUCCUCGUGCCUACUCUCGUCAGUCUCAUGUUCUCUGCCAUACUAAUGGACGCCUACCAAACCAACGGCUCGAGUCGCCUGCAUGACGCACGGCCAACUCCUUAA